AUGUACAACUUUGCCCGCGCCCGGCCGCUGGCUCGCGCUGUUCGCGCUGCUGCUGAGACACCACUGAUGCGCUCCCAGCAAAGGAGAGGGCUCGCCAUCCACGAAUACAGGUCCGCUGCCCUGCUCGAGUCGUAUGGCAUCGGCGUGCCCAAGGGUGGUGUCGCUACCAGCGGCGCCGAGGCAGAGAAGAUUGCCAAGGACAUUGGCGGAGAGGACGCCGUGAUCAAGGCCCAGGUUCUUGCUGGAGGUCGUGGAAAGGGCACCUUUGACAAUGGCUUCAAGGGCGGUGUCAGAGUCGUCUACUCUCCCCGCGAAGCCUCCAUCCUCGCCGACCAGAUGAUCGGCCACAAGCUCAUCACCAAGCAAACGGGAGCCGCCGGCCGGCUCUGCAACUCCGUCUUCAUUGUCGACCGCAAGUUUGCCCGCCGCGAGUUCUAUCUCGCCAUCCUCAUGGACCGCGCGUCACAAGGCCCUGUCAUUGUCGCUUCGUCGCAAGGAGGCAUGGACAUUGAGACAGUCGCAAAGGAGCACCCAGAGGCUAUCAUCACCACCCCGAUCGACAUCCACAAGGGCGUCACCGACGACAUUGCCCGCAACAUCGCAACCGAGCUCGGCUUCUCCGAGCAGUGCAUCGAGGACGCCAAGGACACUAUCCAGAAGCUGUACAAGGUCUUCAUGGAGAAGGACGCCACCCAGAUUGAGAUCAACCCCCUCUCUGAGACCACCGACCACCAGGUCCUCGCCAUGGACGCCAAGCUCAACUUUGACGACAACGCCGAUUUCCGCCAGAAGGAGGUUUUCGACUGGCGCGACAUCACCCAGGAAGACCCCGAGGAAGUCAAGGCCGCUAAAGUCGGUCUCAACUUCAUCAAGCUCGAUGGUGACAUUGGCUGCCUCGUCAACGGAGCCGGUCUCGCCAUGGCCACCAUGGACAUUAUCAAGCUCAACGGCGGCGCGCCAGCCAACUUCCUCGACGUUGGUGGUGGUGCUACACCCGAGGCUAUCAGGCAGGCGUUUGACCUGAUUACCAGCGACCCCAAGGUUACCGCCAUCUUUGUCAACAUCUUUGGUGGUAUCGUCCGUUGCGAUGCUAUUGCUAAGGGUCUGAUUCAGGUUGUCAAUGAGAUGAACCUCAAGACUCCGGUUAUCGCUAGGUUACAGGGUACUAACAUGGAGGCUGCUCACAAGCUUCUCAACGACUCUGGUCUUAAGAUCUUCUCCAUCGAUGACCUACAGGCCGCCGCCGAGAAGUCGGUGCAGUUCUCCAAGGUUGUCAAGAUGGCGAGGGACAUUGAUGUUGGUGUUGAGUUUACACUUGGUAUUUGA